GCAGUGUCUCUUCUUUUCAAAGGGUUGGAAGAUGUGAGCUUGUGAUCGCCGCUUGAAGGGAUACUCAUGACUGAACUUCAUUUUUGGGUUUAAUUGUGGUGCUGCAGAAUCUAAUUUCUAAAUGAAUUCUCUGUUUUUAGGGUUGUCUUUAUAGAUUACAGGUCUUGCUGCAACUAUGUAUCUAUCUAUGGUUUGAAGAGAAGGUCAAAUUCUGCAUCUUUGUUCUCUUAACUCCUCUUGUACUCAGCAUGAAACAACAAGUAAGUAAAGCCUUGAAACUAAAAUCUGAGCUUGAUUGAUAGAUAAAUCUUGUUAUUCAAACUAUAGAAACCAUGAAUGUUACUGUCCAAAUCAAAAAUGAGAAAGACUUGGAAAUGCAGCCUCCACCAGGGUUCACAGCAAAGGUGUCUAAUGUCCAAGGCAAGUGUACUGGAGCUAACCACUAUGGCAACCAAGGAAAUGAAGAUGCAAGCAUCAGUAAGGAAGAUAAAAAAGCUGACAGCUCCAACAGUAAUGCAGUGGAAGUCGCUCAAGAUGAUGACCACUGUGAACAACAACCUGAAUCGGCGGUCCUUGAAGUUGCCGAUCCAGAUUUUUAUGACUUUGGCAGGGAUAGGAGUGAAGAGUGCUUUGCAGUCGAUCAGAUAUGGGCCAUUUAUAAAGAUUUCGAUGGUAUGCCCAGAUCCUAUGCUCGGAUUGACAAAGUAUAUUCACCUUUCAAGGUGGAUGUCACAUGGUUGGAGUUUAUUGCUGGGGAUAUAGAUGAGACUGCUUGGAAGAGAAGUGGGUUACCUGUUGCUUGUGGAAAGUUCAAACACGGCAAGACUGACACAAUCAAGCAUAUACGUGCAUUCUCCUAUAAGAUUCUUUGUGAAGAAAGUGUUGGAACGAGUUACGACAUCUAUCCCGGAAAAGGGUAGACUUGGGCCCUCUACAAGAACUGGAAUAUUAGAUGGAGCUCUGAUCUGCACAACCGCAGAGAAUAUGAGUAUGAAUUUGUGGUAGUCCUGUCAGAUUACACUAAAGAAUCAGGCAUUUCAGUUGCCCCUUUGGAUAAGGUAAAAGGUUUUGAAUGCCUGUUUAACCCGACCCAAAACAAUGGCAUGGCUUUCUUUCAGAUACCAUCCAAUGAAAUAUUAAUAUUCUCUC